AUGCGUAGCAACCCGCGCCUGGCCAACAUGUGGUGGGACGGUGGCCUCGUGAUGGUAUCGGCUAUCGUCGAGGAUGCGGCGGGAGUCACAGGGCUGCCGGGGGUCACCUUCACCCAUAGCCGCUGGAAGCUCACCAUCGAGGCGUUGGAGACUAAGAUUGACAUCACAGCUCCAGCGGAUGCGAAGAACCAAGCUGGAUUUGUCGCUGGUUGCGGGGGGGAUGUUGGGGUGAACCGCAUCAAGAGGCUCGGGCACCACCUGCAGAGGCUGAACGACCAUAUCGAUCCGAAUGCCAGGGGUAGCUAUGAUAGUCUUCGGUGGGUCGACAACCUCGAACAGAAGCGCACCGUCCUGCGCCAGACAGAUGGCAUCCUCGGGGAGGGCGACUUCGUCUUCAACCCUGCCUUGGGGGGUAUCUGGAUGAGAUUCCGCCACUGCCCGUCCACGAUGAACGGCUCCGGCGAGUGGAACACGGGAUUCGCUACGCCCUCCAUCAAGUUGCACGUGCUGAUGUUUCGUGAGCGUCUCGCCAACACGGACGGACUGGUGGUUGAACAGAACCACGAGUACGCCGACGCGGCUGCGGCUGCUGCGGCUGGAGCGGCGGCUGAAGAGAGCAAGGAGGAGGAGGAGGAGGACGAGGAGGAGGAGAAGAUGAGGAGGGGGUUCAAACUACCUCCGUUUACCAAUGACUGGCACACAGUACAAGCGCGCCCUGAACGAGAUUAUCUACAUUGCGUGCGAGGCGGAGGAUCUGGUCUAUAG